CUCUUUCAACCACCUCGGUAGCCUGCUAGACAACAUAAAAACGAUAGAUUGACGCUUUACACCGUGUUUGUGUACAUUAGCUAAUCUCAGUGUUUUAAACGCAUUUCUGUCUGACUUCUGACUUAUCAUCUGAUGACCUUUAACCUAAUGUUCUUGUUAAAUUUGAAAACGUGUUAAAGAUUGAUACUGAGGUUAGCACGAGGCUAGUCGCUAAUGCUAACUAACUAGCUAACAUCCCUGACCAUGAGCUCACUGAACUACUCCUCCCCUGCUAAUGAAGAGGAGGACUGCUGGACGGAGAAAGAAGCUCUGGGACUGAACAUUGUCAUGGAAGAGGAGGCUGUUACAGUGAAAGAAGAGGAGGCUGUUACAGUGAAAGAAGAGGAGGCUGUUACAGUGAAAGAAGAGGAGGCUGUUACAGUGAAAGAAGAGGAGGCUGUUACAGUGAAAGAAGAGAUAGAACCUUUUAGAGAGGAAGAGGAUGGUAUCUCAGUAAAGGUGAAGGUGGAAGACGUCUUGGGAGUGAAAGAGGAGGAUACAGAAUAUCUGAUUAACACCAGAGAGAGACAUGACUAUUGUGGAUCCUCUGGGGAGCCUCAACAACAUCCUGAUGCUGACGAGGAAGAGAAGAGUCUCUCCAGAUCAGAACACCAGAUGGACAACGCUAGCCCUUCCUCCCUCCCGGAGUCCAUGUGUCGUGCCUCUCCCGGUGGCACCUUACUGCUGGGUAUGAAGAGGUUGUCUGUGCUGCUGGUGGACUGCAGGAAAACAACGGGGCUGAGUGGAACAGUGAGAGGAGGAGAAGAUAAGAAAGGAUCAGAUUUAGCUCAUCAAAGAGGAAAACCAAACUUGGAGGAACCAGAGACGUCCGAACCAGCAAGACGACACCUCUGCUCCCAGAUUGGAAAGAGUUUUACCAAGUUAGGAAGCCUGAAAAGACACAAGCGGACACACACAGGAGCGAAGCCACACCAUUGCUCCCAGUGUGGAAAGAGUUUCAAAUUGUUACGAACCCUUAAAGGUCACGAGCGAAUACACACAGGGGAGAAGCCAUACCAUUGCACCCAGUGUGCAAAGCGUUUUACCCAUUUAGGAAGCCUGAAAGCUCAUGAGCGAAUACACACAGGGGAGAAGCCUUACCGCUGCUCCCAGUGUGGAAAGAGUUUUACCCAGUUAGGAAACCUGAAAGCUCAUGAGCGAGUACACACAGGUGAGAAACCUUACAAAUGCUUAGACUGUGGGAAGAUAUAUUACUCAUCACAGUCACUUAGAAGCCAUGAGAGAAUCCACACAGGGGAGAAGCCUUACCACUGCUCCCAGUGCGCAAAGCAUUUUACCCAUUUACGAUGCCUGAAAGUUCAUGAGCGAAUACACACAGGAGAGAAGCCUUACUGCUGCUCUCAGUGUGGAAAGCGUUUUACCCAGUUAGGAAACCUGAAAGCUCAUGAGCGAAUACACACCGGGGAGAAGCCCUACCACUGCUCCCACUGUGGAAAGAGAUUUAACCAUUCAGGAAAGUUGAAAGAACACAUGAAACUGCACACAGAGGUGUACAGACAACAGAUGGUGUUUAUGGUGGAGAGGACUGUGGACUCAGUGGAGGACAUCUCAGCCACUUGGCAGUGUUGACACUGCUACUUCCUACCUGACUGGUAAUAGGACUUCACUGCUACUUCCUAUCUGACUGGUAAUAGGACUUCACUGCUACUUCCUAUCUGACUGGUAAUAGGACUUCACUGCUACUUCCUAUCUGACUGGUAAUAGGACUUCACUGCUACUUCCUAUCUGACUGGUAAUAGGACUUCACUGCUACUUCCUAUCUGACUGGUAAUAGGACUUCACUGCUACUUCCUAUCUGACUGGUAAUAGGACUUCACUUCUACUUCCUAUCUGACUGGUAAUAGGACUUCACUGCUACUUCCUAUCUGACUGGUAAUAGGACU